AUGGCUAUUUUGAAUGAAUAUGAUUCACCAUUUGGAAGGAGAUCAGAUAUGUUGAUGAUUGGAGGUCGUAAUGAUGAGCUAGCAAACAUUGAGUUUAAGAAAGCAACACAAAGCAAAAGCAUCAGGAUUAAUAGCUGCAUUAUCAAUUAUAUUAAUUUGAUGACUGAAACAACAGCCAAUGCUAUACUAUACUAUGAUUUCAUUGAAAGACAGGGAUACCUCGCCCAAUUGUUUGUUUAUCAAGAUGUAUGUGUAUACCAAAAGCUUCAAUCUAUUCCUAUCCCUGACAACAUGAUUAAGUUAGAGCUGUUCCGUUCAUCGCUGAAACUCAUGUUUGUUUGGGAAUCUCAUACAAUUAACCUGAGCAACAACAUCACCCUUGCCAACCUGAACAGAGAGCAUACGACCAGCCCUCCUCGUUCCCCAUCUCUUAAUGCCCAGCCAGUUCAAAUGUAUUUGUCGCCUUCAAAUGACAAAAAGAGAAGCCGCUCUGUGUUUGAAGAAUAA